GCGACAUGAUCGCAGGCACAGUGGACGUCGGUCGCCUCGACGAGCUCUCUCGACGUCACUGGAACGAAGGCAUCUAUCGACGCGAUGGCUAUUUUCUCAAGCAAAUGGCAACUCUAUGGCGGGGUGCCGCCAUCACCGCGCUUCCGCCACGCCUGCUUGUCCCGAUGGCCAGUGCAUUCAUCGCUGACAACGACGACGUUGGUGCAGUGACGUUAGCGAAGCAGGCCAUUCUAGCCACGUCUGAGUGGGAGCCUCUCUAUCAAGUUACGCUUCUCAAUGCGGCGCUGGUGCUCUACAUGACCCACGAACACAGCAGCGCACUCCAGUUCCUCCUGACGCUCGUCGAGACACCGCCACUACCUCUCUGUCGACCCUACCUCCAUGCACUGAUGGCGUUGUGCCAUGCUCAUGCGGGCGACAAGAAAAGGGCCAAAACGAUGCUCGCCGCGAUCGAACGAUGCAAGACGACGUUGCCGCCCAGUGACGCCGGGUUCUGGGUCGCCUUGGCCACGGAGCUGUCGACGCGAGGCUGUCACGCUAUCAGCGCGCACCUACUUUUGCACGUCCUGGGCCCGCCGUUCGACCCGGUACCGGGCCAUCUUCGGACCUGUGCAACGUCUUUGGCACCUCCUGCGAUGUUGUUGCUUUUGCAAACGCUCGUCGCGUCGCCAAAUCCCGAUAGCUCGCUCGUACGGCGCGUGAUCACCGCAGCUUUGACCUCCACAAGCCAGUACGACGCUUCCGUGCGCGACUUGAUUCGACGCAUAAGCCCCGAGCAGUACCCAGCGACGGACUUUCGGCGGCACGAGCGUACGGCCACGAAGCUCCAGCGGUGGUAUCACCGACGUUGCAAGACGCCACGGGGCUGGCUCCUCUUGGUCGUCCACGCCUUUCGCACCUACGAGCGCGUCGGGGGCUAUGUGCCACCACCCCGUCGCGAUCUACCGUUGGAGCACGUUACCACAGCGGUGGACGCGCCACUGGUACUUCCACCAGCGACCAGCGACGACGACGAUCGCGUUGCGUGGAUUCUCGAGCGGGCCAAAACCAUCGCUGCGCGGUCCCCAAAGCGACCUCAUAUCGACGUCAAGCCAAUAUGGUACUGCGACCUUGAGCGCGCAGUGGCGCUGUACGAGGCGUCGCGGGAGCGAUAUUUUACGCAUUUUAGCGUCGGCCUUUACGAGUUGCUCGAGAAGGUGGUGAGCGGGCUCGAACGCCAGUGGCACGGGUCGACGACCACAUCGCGCUUUGCGACGCGCAUUCUGCGCCAACUCCGCGCCGCCGACGUCGACACGCUCGGCGAAGACCUCGAGACCCUUCUGGCGCUCGCGACGACAGAAGAGGCACGCCGCAACGUCGCCUUUCGACAGCUUGUCGCACGCAAGCUAUAACGACAACCGCCUGCUAAAU